GCUCCUCUCCAGGUCUUUGAUAUUUCUGUGCUGCGGCUCCGGUCGUGUUUUGGUCAGGACUCAGGAGGAGGCAGAAAGAUGACAGCCAGAAAGUCCGGGUCGCGAUUAGAGACUGAAAUAGAACGCUGUCGAUCAGAGGGACAAUGGGACAAGAUACCAGAACUCGUGCGGCAGCUGUCUGCGAAACUCAUCUCAAACGAUGAUCUCGGGGAGCUUCUGCUGGGGGAGGCCAAACUCCAGCAGUACAUCAAGGAAAACCCCAUCAAGCAGGGAGCCAGUCCCCGCGGGCCCCGGCCACGCCUCCAGGAGGUACGGAAACACUUGACGGCUGCACUUGAUCGGGGAAACUUAAAGCCUGAAUACAUGCAGGAGGCCAGUCUGAUCAUGGCUAAGCUUUGUUAUGUGGAGGGUGAUUACAGGGAAGCGCUGAAUCAGUACAGUCGUGUGAAUCUGGAUGAGAUGCAGCUGGUAGGGGCUCCAGUGUACAGACUGUCCACGAUCGCUGAGGCCUAUGCCACCAAAGGUCUCUGUCUGGAGAAAGUGCCCAUGGCAUCCCCAUCACUGUCCAAUCGUAAUGCAGACAGAGACCAGGAGAUAAUCACUUGUUAUGAGAAGUCUGGAGACAUCGCCCUUCUCUAUCUUCAGGAGGUAGAAAAGGCUCUUAGUGUUGGCAUUCAGAACCGCAGUCCAAAGCCCGGUCCGGUCACACAGGAACAGGAACUUGGCUACUUCCUGGAGACAGGACUUCAGAGGGCUCAUGUUAUUCAUUUUAAAAAUGGUAACCUGACCCGUGGUGUCGGCCGCUUCCGAGAGAUUCUCCGAGCCGUUGAGACCAGAACCACUCAGAACCUGCGUAUGACUAUUGCCAGGCAGCUUGCAGAGAUCCUGCUUAGGGGCAUGUGUGAGCAGAGUUACUGGAACCCAAGAAAUUUGUUGAUACCCGUGGUGUCGGCCGCUUCCGAGAGAUUCUCCGAGCCGUUGAGACCAGAACCACUCAGAACCUGCGUAUGUUUGUUUUGUCCACAGGAGAACACAGAGGAGGCCUUACUCCUGUUGUUAAUCAGCGAGUCCAUGGCUAACAGAGACGCCGUGUUGAGUCGAAUCCCCGAACACAAUAACGACCGAAUCAUCAGCCUCCAGAGCGCCUCGCUGGUGUAUGACCUCCUGACCAUCGCGCUCGGCCGACGCGGACAGUAUGAGAUGCUCUCAGAGUGUCUCGAAAGAGCCAUGAAGUUUGCCUUUGAGGAGUUUCAUCUCUGGUUCCAGCUCGCUCUUUCCCUAAUGGCUGCUGGGAAGUCGGCUCGAGCAGUGAAGGUACUGAAGGAGUGUAUGAGACUAAAGCCGGAUGAUCCCACCAUUCCUCUGCUGGCCGUCAAGCUGUGUAUUGGAAACCUGCACUGGCUGGAAGAAGGUGAGCGCUUUGCUAAAAUAGUGAUUGAUAUGGGUGAGAAGGCAGCUGAAUUCAGGGCCAAAGGCUGUCUAGCUAUCGGUCUCGUCUACAGCCUGAGAGCCACAGAUGCAUCUCUUCGAGGAAUGCAAGAAGAGUAUCAGAAAAAAGCGCUGAGUGCUUUCCAGAGGGCACAGAGUCUGUCCCCCACUGAUCACCUAGCUGUUUUCUACCUGGCGCUGCAGCUGGCUGUAUCUCGACAGAUUCCAGAGGCUCUCGGUUAUGUACGACAGGCGUUACAGCUGCAGGGCGAUGAUGUUCAUUCGCUACACCUGCUGGCCCUGCUGCUGUCAGCUCAAAAACACUACCACGAUGCUCUCAACAUCAUCGAGAUGGCCCUCAGCGAAUACCCCGAGAACUUCAUUCUAUUAUUCACAAAGGUGAAGUUGGAGACGUUGUGUCGAGGUCCAGAGGAGGCGUUACUCUCCUGUAAACGCAUGCUGCAGAUUUGGAAGUCCUGUUACAACCUCACCAACCCCAGUGAUUCUGGGAGGGGGAGCAGUCUGUUAGACAGAGCUGUUGCUGACCGUCGCCAGCUGAACGCCAUGACACUACCGGACUUCAGUGAUCCAGAGACAGCCUCUCAUGCCUCUUCCUCCUUCUCGGGGUCAGAACCUGUAUCUCCUCUUUUUCCUCUUUCAUCCUUCUAUUCUUCACCUCCACCCAAGGCCGAAUCCACCCAGAGGCGCAGCAGCCAUGCUUUCUGUGACCACGCCCCCCGCCGACGCUUCUCCUCCGCCAGCAACCUUCCAGACGCUUUCUUUCAUGGUUUUGACUCCUUUAUUGGGGUUUGUUCCGUCCACGCCACUUCCAUAGCAGCGUCACGGGUGGAGCAGGCGCUCUCUGAGGUGGCCUCUUCCCUUCAGAGCAGUGCUCCGAAACAGGGACCCCUCCACCCUUGGAUGACCCUUGCCCAGAUCUGGCUGCAUGCAGCGGAGGUGUAUAUUGGAAUGGGAAAGGCGGCGGAGGCAACAGCGUGUACGCAGGAAGCUGCCAACCUGUUCCCCAUGUCCCGUAACGUGUUGUUUAUGAAGGGUCAGGUGGCGGAGCUGCGGGGGAACGUGGACGAGGCCAAGCGCUGGUACGAGGAGGCGCUGUCCAUCAGCCCCACCCACGUCAAGACCAUGCAGAGACUGGUGAGCACAUGCUGUUUAUUGAUUUCAGGUUUUACUCUUCCUGUGGGAACGUUUGGUUAUGUGUUUGGGGGAUCCCUGUUGCAGGUGAACAGCACGGCCCAUGACGUGUGGAACAGUCUGGGAGAAGUGCUGCAAGCGCAGGGCAACGACGCUGCCGCGACCGAAUGCUUCCUCACUGCCCUGGAGCUGGAGGCCAGCUGUCCCAUCUUACCUUUCACCAUCAUUCCCCGCACCCUCUGAGACACUCCGAGCGCUCACCACCGACAAAACCUCUGUCCGUGAGUCAUGCAUGAACCACAGCCCUUAAACACACACACCGAAACUCUUCUUCUGUCCUGGAAUGCCUUUCCCACCCCCUCCGACCUUUUUAUCGGUUCUCAGACGUGGAUCUGCCGAACUCGAAUCGACACGGUUAUCAGUGUGAACUUUUCCACACUGCUUCACUCUCAUUGUGUUUCCCUUCCUAUUCCUUCCUUCUUUCUGUGCUAGAAUUUCCACCGGCUUCUGUAUAGUAGGGGUGCCGCUCACCCGAAAACCCCGCCCCCUCCAGCACUCCCAUUGGUCAGUUUCAUACCACAGUACAAGUGGACCAAUGAGAAACCUUUUCAAGCUGCUGUCACAGUGAAGCGGGUGACUGACACAGCGGUUUCAUCAAACCACGGUGCUUCCCGAAACAUGUCCCGAAACAUACAAUCUUGAGAUUCUAGUAGCUGUGUGUCAUACGAACCAGUAAUAACACUGACGCAGAGGCGGUCAAAAGUGUGUAUAUGUGUGCUGUGUGUGUUUGUGAGUUAAAUGGACGGUCAGAGUGCGUGUGUCCUUUACAUGUGCUGGUAUCCAGGAUAUCCCUUCCUAUGUGGCGUGUGCGCGUGCGUUUAUUUGGAAUGGAAUACUUGACACGCUGUUACAGUUGAUCCCUGUUACACAAACACACGUAAUAAAGGUUGUGUUUCCAUGCUGUUGUUCCUGAGGGCAGGUGUGUCACCCGUGUUAUGACUCCUAGAGAAACAUUACGUCCCCCUCUGAUCAAACGCUGUAUUGUUUAUAUUCUGUAUGUACAAAAGAAUCGCCUAGAGCAAAUGGAACGGAUGCCAAAAGAACAACUACCCUAAAAGCAAAUAUUUUAUCUUGGUUCUCAUUAAAAGAGAAGAUAAAUCUAGUUUUGGACAUUUCGUUUUGUUCUUUGGUUUAUUUUUCCACAUUUAUCAUGAUUCAGAGGUCGAGAUUUAUAUUGUUGAUUUAUCAGAGCCUUGCUGUAUUAGAUGUUUAUUUAUCUGUGUGCUAGACAGGUGAAGACAUAUAUGUAUUCCGUGUGUGUGUGUGUGUGUUUGGGGUCUGAUAACAUGAGGGACUGUUACAGAUGGACAUGUUAAAAUCUCAGAUACACAAACUAUCUUCAUAACGGUCACAGUGAUUUCAUUUAUGUACGAGAAAGAGGAAGAUUGUAUGUGUGUAUUUGAAGUCUUAGCAGUGUCAAUCACAGGGCCAAACACAACUGGAAAUGCUGUUUUAUGAUGUCAAUAAAUUAUCGAUUGUGAAAAA